GUUUCCAGGCGACGGCCGAACGCGGGCGCCUGGCAGCUGGCGACACACAGGUCCGCCCGGCUCUGCGGCGCGACCGAUCAGACGACCCGACGGCAGCAGCGGCCAUGGACGCGGGCGGCGAGGAGGACGACGAGGAGGCGAUCUCCGCCGCCACGCUGCGGGGCAAGCCCCGGCCGCUGCCCACCUCGGCGCAGUCCGCCUUCAGCUACGUCCCGCCGCGGCGCCUGGACCCCAAGGAGCACAGCUACUACUUCUCUCCCCUGCAGACAGGCGUCAUCUCUCUCUACGACUGCAUCUUCCGGCAGGACCCAGGCUACAAUCAGAAGCUGCACCGGGACGACCGAGAGCACGCCAGGGGCCUGGGGCUCCACGUGAACCAGGAGGUGCGGCUGGCGCCUUCCUCACAGCCAGCGGGUCCUUGCCUCCUGCCUCUGGGCUGCCAGCAGGGAGAGGCGCUCCGGAAGCGACUGGGCGCACCAGAGGCCCGCACCUCCCCAGCCCGGCCCCUGGCCGAGCGGCUCGGGAAUCAGGCCCAGCCUGCUCUCAGGCUCCUGGACCGCGGUGAAGGGACAGAACUCGGGAUCGGCCGGAUGGCCAGGCCCGGGGACAGGGCACGGGGCACCCCCCGCUCAAGUCUCCAUGCCCAGCAGCCGGGAGCUCCGAACCCCGCCCUCGUGGGUUCCGUGGAGGCCGUUACUGGGGCACGACUGGCAGUCCUGAUCGCCAGGAAAGACAAGGCGUUGCUAAGGAAAGCCUUCGUCCGCAGGACCUGCACCGUCAACCAGGCCAUCCACGUCCCUCAACCCGGGAGAGUGUCCCUGGUCUGUUCCUUCAUCCUUCAGAAUCCACAGCCUGGGGCCUUCUCCAGCCUAAGCUGCCCGUCCCGCUAG